CGACACUCCGGGCCACCACGCCCCCAGCGUGGAUACCGACAGCUCCAGUCAGUGCCGAGCACAAUACUGUCACUUUACGUGGGAAUGGACUUUUCUGCCACGAUGGGGAAUUUUCAUAUUCAACCAACACAAGUUUAGGAGUCUCUCUUUGCCUGAACAAUAGCUCUAAAGUGAGCAGACAAUCAGUGCGGCGCGUUAACGGGUUUGUAUCUCCGCGUGCUUUUAUUCAGGAUGUCAGGUCUGUUGAAAAGCCGGUAACGAUACAAAGUGAGUUUGCUGAAUGUUCAGCAUCACACAAAAGGGAUCGACGACGGAGCUGAGCGAUUUAGACAAGUGCCAUUUCACUUUUGCAUGUAAUAAAGAAACAGCGGGGGCAUUUUUGUUUUGCGUGUUUGACAAAAUGGAACAUUUAGCAGCAGAGUGCCUUGUGUCUAUGUCCAGUCGCGCAAUUGUUCACGGUCCUAAAGGGAACAGGGAGAUCCGACCCGAAACUGCGGCUGCACCCAGGAAUGGAGAAGAGACCAAGGAAGCGCUGGUGAAGGACAACUCUUCUCUUUUUGUUGUGGCCCGAAUUCUGGCGGAUUUCAAUCAGCAGAGCCCUACUAAUUUCGCCGAGCAGGCAAAAACGAAAGAAGAGAGCAUGCCACCAACCCCGACGCGAGAGGAUGGAAACUCUGCCACACCUACCGCCGUCCCUGCCGACUCUGCCCUUAAACAAAGAGGCAAGCGAUGGAGGGCUCGCGCUGAGCAGGACUCCCCGCAGAAAAAGCACAAAUGCCACUAUCCUGGCUGCGAAAAAGUUUAUGGCAAAUCGUCACAUCUCAAAGCUCACCUAAGGACACAUACAGGAGAACGACCCUUCCCGUGCACCUGGCCUGACUGCAGUAAGAAGUUUGCCCGCUCGGACGAGCUGGCACGCCACUACCGCACACACACGGGAGAAAAGAAAUUCGGCUGCCCACUGUGCGACAAGCGCUUUAUGCGCAGCGACCACCUAAUGAAGCACGCUCGCCGCCACUCCGACUUCCAGCCAGCCAUGCUGAAGAGGCAGCAAGGAAGCAACGGCACGCUGAACGCAGUGAGCAGCACACGGCCCGGAUCGCUGAGCGACUACAGCCGCUCGGAUGCCUCCAGCCCCACACUCAGCCCCACACUCAGCCCAGCCAACUCGCCUUAAACCCGCCUGCACUUUCCGCCCUCUGCCCAAUGCAGCUCAGUGCUGUUUUUUUUUUUUUUUUACUCAAAUUCUUUUUCUGUCAAAAGUAGUGAUGUUGCACACUUGUUUGCCGCCACCUCUCUUUGCUAAUCCUUUCGCUUGCUGUGGUGUACUCUACUGUACAUAACUGCUUCCUGUAGUGCAAUUUUUUUCUCGCCAACUUCAUAAAAGAGAAAAACAGAAAACAGAGAAGAAAAAUGCCUUUUCCAGAUGGCAAUAUUUACAUGAUGUACCAUAUGUCUGUAUUUUUUUUUUUAUAGCCUCUGGCCUCAGCCAGUUUCCAUUGUAUUUUGUUGCUCUCUUUUGAUCAAAUCUGUUCAAGUGAACAAAUAUGUAGACACAGUUAACAAGUAUAAUUUUUUUUUCCCUCUCUUUGUUUUAUUUAUGACGGGUUAGGGGGAGUGGCGCUCACACACACCUCAGGAUUCUAGACAGUUGUUUUCUUUCCUUCUCCUUUAAUAUUCACACUGACUGCACAAUACAAGCAUCACUUUACUCUGAAAUUCAACAGGGGUUGAAUUUUGUGCCCUGCUCAGGGAUGGCCUUGUUAGCUUGAAAGAAUGAACAUGAAGAGAAAACAUACAUAAAACAGCCUUACACUCAACAAAAAAAAAAAUUUGCACUCUUCCUUUUGUCUUUUUUAUUGGUUUUCACUUCAGGUGAAACUAAUAUUAGGUUUAACAGUCAUUAAAACUCAAUAUCUGAUCUGGCUGUAAGACGUGGUACCCCAGAAUAGGGACUAGAAUGGAGUGGAAGUCAUUGUGUAUUGAGACUGGAAGUAACUCUUUUUGUUUUUAACAUUGAUAUCUCUAAGACUCUUUUUCCCACAAAACUGUGAGGGUUGUUCUGGAUUGGUCCUCAUAUUAAAGGCUAUGUUAUAGUGGCAUAAAUCAGA